AAUCGACAGUUAUCUUUAUUAAAAAAAAAAAAAGACUAAGAAGUUGACUGCAGAUUACAAAAUAAAGAAUUCAAUAUCCAUCAUAGUAAUGCAAAUCUGAUCUAUAGCUUGAUUACAUUCUUCCACAACCCAUCUUUAAUUUUGAGAACAAAAAAAUAAAAAAUAUGCCAGUUUCAGAAUUACCAGUUAUUCUCAAAUUUCUGUGUUUGUUCUGCGAAAUCUUUGUCGUCCUUGCCAGCAGCACUCCUACUACUCAUCCCCUGCCAGACAGUAUUGCCAUUUCCUGUGGUUCUUCGGGCAGUUUGAUUGCGCUGGAUGGACGUGUUUGGAUGGGUGAUUCGGUACUCGAAUCCAGCUUGUCACUGCAGAUCAAUGGCAAACCUUCCAACUCAAGACCCAUCCACCAACUUGCUUCAUUCGAUUCUGUACCCUGCAAGACUGCUCGAGCAUCUCACCACGCAUUCAGUUACGUCUUCCAAGUCAAGCCCGGACAGAAAUUCAUCCGCCUGCACUUCUAUCAAGAUUCAUACGACGGCUUCAAGAGGUCGGAAGCUUUGUUCACUGUUAAAUCAGGCCCUUACACACUCCUCAACAAUUUCAGCACAACUCUUGCUGCUGAUGUUUUGGGUGAAAAGCAUAUCAUCAAAGAGUACUGUGUAAAUAUUGAAGACGGACAACCUUUGACUAUAACAUUUUUCCCAGCUCAGGGGAAAAAGAAGUCAGAUGACUUCUAUGCCUUUGUCAAUGGCAUUGAGGUUGUCUCAAUGCCGACUGGUCUUUAUUUCACUCCCGAAGGGGAGUUGGGCGCCCAUGUUGUCGGAAAGAAGUACAGAUUCUACAUUGAUAACAGCACAGCACUCGAGCUGGUUCAACGGUUGAAUGUUGGUGGAAGCUCCAUCUUGCCAGCUCAAGAUUCAUGCCUGUUCCGCAGAUGGGAUGAAGACUCCAACUACUUGCUCGAGACAGGUGCUAUUUCUGCCAAUACUUUAACUGCAGUUAGAUAUGCAGACAUGUUAACAAUAACAUACGUUGCACCAAUUCAAGUCUAUCAAACAGCAAGGAUAAUGCUUGCAGACACUAAAUUGAGAGCCAGUAGUCUUAAAUGGAAACUACCAGUGCAAUUAGGAUUCAGAUACCUAAUUAGGCUCCAUUUUUCCAAGUUUAACCAGCAGACGGCGGAGAUUAACAACAAGGACUUCUCUGUUCUCAUCAAUAAUCAGAUAGCUGAGGACAAUGCCAAUAUUAAUCAAUGGGGUGAAGUAUCUGAAGUUGCAGUCUACAGAGACUAUAUUGUGAUGAUGGAUGGUGAUAAAAUGGAGGGGAAGCGCUACCUUACCAUCAUGUUCCAGCCAAAGUUUGAAUCAAGGGAUGAACAAUUCCAUGGCUCAUUGAUUGCUUUAGAAGUAUUUAAGCAGAGCAACCCCGACAACAAUCUAGCAGGUACUGGGACAGUUCCCGAGUUGCAGAAUCCGAAAUCAACACCAAAGCGAAAGAAAUCAAAAUCAAGUUACCGUACAAACUUGAUCUCUGCUGCCCUCACAGCUGUACUAGCCUUAAUGAAUGUUGCAGUUUACAACCUGAGAAGAAUCUCAGACUCUAGUUCCAGAAGGAACACGAGAUCAUCUUUGGUGGAAGAUCGAUGCCGUCAGUUCUCAAUUGAAGAAAUCCGUUUGGCAACCAACAGCUUUGAUCCUCAGUUUCACAUCGGCAGUGGAGGAUAUGGCAGAGUCUACAAAGGGAGCAUCGACGGUGGGGCAACCGCCGUUGCAAUCAAGCGAUUGAAAACGGAUUCCCGGCAAGGAGAAACUGAGUUUUGGACGGAAAUCAAGAUGCUAUCCAAGCUCAGGCAUACGCAUCUCGUUACGCUGAUUGGUUACUGCAAUGAUGGUCAGGAACGGAUUUUGGUUUACCAGUAUAUCACCCAGGGAACACUUACAGACCAUCUCUACAAAGCCAACAGACAUGGAAGGGCUAAUCCUCCACUUCCAUGGGAACUUCGACUCAAAGUCUCAAUUGGUGCUGCACGUGGCUUAUACUAUCUUCACUCACGGCAUAGGAUCAUACACAGGGAUGUGAAAAGCUCGAACAUUCUGCUGGAUGAGAAUUGGGUUGCCAAGAUCUCAGAUUUUGGGCUGUCCAAAAUGGGACCAGCAAAUGAUUCAUUCACCCAUAUCAGUACGAACGUCAAAGGCACAUACGGAUACCUAGAUCCAGAGUACUUCUUAACUCGUAAAUUGACGAGAAAAUCAGAUGUCUACGCAUUUGGAGUGGUUUUAUUUGAAGUUCUGUCUGGAAGACCUGCAUUGAACAUGAGACUUGACGAGGAGCAACACAGCCUAGCCGGAUGGGCUCGAUAUUGCAUACGAGAGGGGAAAGUGGAUCGACUCAUUGACCACAACUUGAUGGAGCAGAUUUCACCAGCUUGUUUAAAAGUAUUUGUUGGAAUUGCAGGCAGAUGCUUACACACUCAACCCCAGGGAAGGCCUUCAAUGGCAGAUGUAGGGAUGGCCCUUGAAUUAGCUUUGGCAUUGCAGCAGACCGAAGAUCCAACAGGCCAGGCGGAAGAGGUGGAAAAUGCUGGAAGAACUUACAGCGACCAUAGUGAUGGGGUUAUUUCUAUGGAUGACAUAAGUCUCCCAACGGGAGAAUCAGAUAGGAUUACCAAUGAAGAUAAUCUCAGCAACGGAAGCAGUGAUCAGAAGAGUGGAAAAAAGAAGGCUAAGGAUAAUGGUUCAAACAAUAAUGUCACACAAAGAUGGUGGUGGGACCCAUUUGGGAUUUUUCCAAGAACGCCAUCAAAAUCGAAAGCUCUGCAACAGCAGCCACGCGAGGUAAUCCAUCAGUUUUCCCUCAAGGAGAUUCAGAAAGCCACAAAUAAUUUUCACAAAAGUCACAUUAUUGGCUAUGGAGGACUGGACAAUGUAUAUAGAGGGUAUAUAGAUGGUGGUAAAAAAUCUGUAGCAAUCAGAUGCUCAAGAGCUAACGCAUCCAGAGUAUCCAUGGCACAUGAGUUGCAAACAAAGAAAGCGACUCAAAUGACGUCUCAUGAUCAUGUUGCCUCUCUGAUAGGGUAUUGCGAGACAGAAUCAGACAUGAUUCUUAUAUAUGAGCACAUGGCAAAUGGGACACUCUAUGACCAUCUCCAUGAUGCUUCAAAAGAUCCCCUUCCGUGGAAGCAAAGACUUCAAAUCUGCAUUGGUGCAGCUCGCGGUUUAAAGUACAUUCAUUCCACGGACGAGCAGACAAUGCUACAUCGUGACUUGAAGUCGAACAACAUCUGGUUAGAUGACAACUGGACAGCCAAGGUUUCUGGAUGGGGUUUGUCCAAAAAGACAGGAAACAAUCAGGUGCCGUCAAUUAUCAGGGGGCUUCUGGAUUCAGACUACAUACAUGGAGAAGAGUUUACAGAAAAGUCUUUUGUCUACUCAUUUGGUCUGAUUUUGUUUGAGGUGCUGUUUGCUGAAAAAGAAUCAGACCGCUGGUUCGACGAGGAUCAAGUGAGACUAGCCCAGUGGAUCAAGUCAUGCAUGAGGACUAACUUUUCUGGUUGUAUUGACCCCUUUCUAGUUGGGAGAAUACCACGAGAUAGCCUAAAUAUAUUCUUGGAAACCGCUGGAAGAUGUCUACUGGAUUAUGGAAGAGACCGGCCAUCAAUGACAGAUAUAGUGGAAAGACUUGAGGAUGCAUUACAGCUCCAAGAAGCGAGCUGACUUAGAGUAAUCCAUAUUGGGCAUGUUUGCUAGCAAGAGGAUCAAAAAUGUUUCAAUGUGCCAACGUGAGUGAAAUGUUGUUCAGGGCUCUCAAUUCUCCAUUUUGGUUUUUAACUAGUUAAACAACUUGUGUGGGUAAGAAUACCCAAAGAGAUAAAAAUAGAUGAUGGCUCAUAUCUUUAUCUCAUGUAUCAUACUACCAUAUACAUCUCAAAUUUAUGGUUUUUAACUGUUCUUCUUGUUAUUUGGUAGU